ACAGCGCUGCAACGCUGUCCACUCCUGUGUGCACAGGGUGGAGAAAUUCAGGGAAAACAUUACCAAAAACUCAGACCAAACAGGUCUCUUUUGGCUCUACUGUAGAGAUUGUCUCGCAUGGCACUUAGUAACAGCAGGAGAGCGUAUCUCACGGAUGCUUCACAUCGGCACAUUCUUUUUCGGUGUGAAUAGUUAACAUAACAAAAUAGACCUAACGCGCAGGUGAAGAUGGCGAGGACACUGUCAGGAGUGACCGCACUCCCGACUUUUAAGAGAACUGGACAUUCAGUAGUUGUAUUAACGCUAAUAUUAUCAUAUAUUUGCGGUUUGUCGGCUCAGGACUUCCCCGUCAACGGAGCAAAUGGAUUCAGUUUGCACCCACCUUACUUCAAUUUAGCAGAGGGAACAAAAAUCACGGCUACGGCGACCUGUGGCGAGGACGAGAAUGGAAGACCUAUUCAGGACCUAUACUGCAAACUGGUCGGUGGACCAGUUUCUGGCGACCCUAGUCAAACUAUACAGGGCCAGUAUUGUGACAUCUGCUCUGUGGACGACAGUAACCGAGCGCACCCCAUCACCAACGCCAUCGAUGGCACAGAGCGCUGGUGGCAGAGCCCCCCUCUAUCCCGCAGCGUGGAGUACAAUGAGGUCAACGUCACCCUGGACCUGGGACAGCUCUUUCAUGUGGCCUACGUACUCAUCAAGUUCGCCAACUCCCCUCGCCCGGACCUGUGGGUACUUGAGAGAUCCGUCGACUUUGGCAAAACCUACCAGCCAUGGCAGUUCUUCGCCUCCUCCAAAAGGGACUGUAUCGAACGGUUCGGCCAGAGGACCAUCGAGCGCAUCAACAGCGACAACGACGUCGUCUGCACCUCUGAGUACUCCCGCAUCGUGCCGCUGGAGAACGGAGAGAUCGUGGUGUCUCUGGUGAACGGGCGUCCCGGAGCCAUGAACUUCUCCUACUCCCCAGUGCUGAGGGACUUCACCAAGGCCACCAACAUCCGCCUGCGCUUCCUACGCACAAACACACUGCUGGGCCACCUCAUGGGCAAAGCCCUCAGGGACCCCACUGUUACACGCAGGUACUACUACAGUAUCAAAGACAUCAGCAUCGGAGGGCGCUGUGUGUGCAACGGGCAUGCCGAGGCCUGCGACGCCAAGGACCCCACCGAUCCAUACAAACUGCAGUGUGAUUGCCAACACAACACGUGUGGUCCGUCUUGUGAUACCUGCUGCCCUGGAUACAACCAGUUGCCUUGGAAACCGGCGACGACUUACAGCGCCAACGAGUGUGAACCAUGUAACUGCCACAGGCAUUCCUACGACUGCUAUUACGACCCUGCGGUGGAUGCCAGGAGAGCCAGCAUGAAUGUCCAGGGAGAGCUCAGGGGAGGCGGGGUGUGUCUGGAAUGCCAGCAUCACACCACUGGAAUCAACUGUGAGCGCUGUAUCCCUGGUUACUACCGUUCUCCCGAUCAGCCUCUGGAGUCACCAUACGCUUGCUCACAGUGUGCCUGCCAGUCAGAGUUCACUGAUGGCACAUGUGAGGACUCGACCGGUCGCUGCUACUGCAAACCCAACUACACCGGAGAGAACUGCCAAUCCUGCGCCGAGGGCUACGGCAACUUCCCAGACUGCUAUCCCAUCAUCCCCACCUACCCCAACAACGGGAACAGCGAAGCCAAGCCAGUGGGCGAGAUCAUCAACUGUGAGUGUAACGCGGCGGGCACGGAGGGCAACUCUUGUCGGCCAGACCCUCGUACCCGUACCUGCGUCUGCAAGCCUGGCUUCACGGGCGAGCACUGCGACACCUGCGCUCCCGGCCACCACGGCCUCAACUGCCAACGGUGCCAGUGUUCCGGGCCCGGUUGCCAGGAGGGGUCAUGUGACCCGGUGACGGGGCAGAGCCUGUGCAGGACGGGCUUCCAGGGCUAUUCAUGCGAGCAGUGUGCCCCUGGGUACUUCCACUACCCCCUGUGCCAACUGUGUGGGUGCAGCACUGUCGGCUCCCUGCCCGAGGUGUGUGACUACUCAGGUCGUUGUCUGUGUAAGUCCGAGUUCCAGGGGCCUCGCUGUGAGGAGUGCCGAUCAGGGUUCCACUCCUACCCCAACUGCCAGGAGUGCACCUGUGACCCGCGCACCUCUCUGGACUCCAGCUGCAGCAUUGCCGGCCACUGCCACUGCCGUCCCAACUACAGCGGUCAGAACUGUGACCAGUGUGCUCCCGGCUCCUACGGCUACCCCGGCUGCACACCAUGCCAGUGCUCUCGAGAAGGCUCUCGCUUUGACAGCUGUGAUCAGGUGACAGGGCAGUGUGCCUGCCUCCCCAACGUGGUGGGUCUGCGCUGUGACUCCUGCAUCCAGGGCUCCUAUGGCUUCCCCCGGUGCCAAGCUGGCACCUGCAACCCGGCUGGCUCUGUGCAGUACGUGGCCCAACCUGCUGAUGGCUCCUGUGAGUGUCGCCCUAAUGUGGAGGGCCCGGCCUGUGACCGCUGCAAGCCUCUGUACUGGAACCUGUCCCCGGACACACCCUAUGGAUGCUCCAAUUGUGAGUGCAACACAGCAGGAACAGUGAGCGGCGUGGCAGAGUGUGAACAGAACUCAGGCCAGUGUUUCUGCAAGCCCAACGUGUGCCCUGGAACCUGUUCUAUGUGUAAGGUGGGGUACUACAAUCUGCAGAAUGACAACUUCUUCGGGUGUCAGGGAUGUCAGUGUGAUGUGGGCGGUUCAGCUGGCAUGUCCUGUGGAGACAGGAAUGGGAGAUGCAGCUGCAGACCCAAUGUGGAGGGACUCAAAUGCAACAGGCCUCGUGCUGACCACUACUUCCCUGACCUGCACCACAUGAAGUACGAGAUUGAGGACGGCACCAUGCUGGAUGGCCGUCCAGUAAGGUUUGGUUACAACCCUCUAGAGUUCGAGGGCUUCAGCUGGAGAGGUUAUGCCCUGAUGUCACCUGUCCAGAGCACAGUCAAACUGACGGUGCAUAUAAACGAGGCCGACGGCUACCUCACGCUCUUCAUCCUCAGAUAUGUAAACACUGACUCCGCCGUGUCCAAGGGUAAAAUCAGAGCCUAUCAGGCGAGCGGGAGAGGCCUGGAACAAUCCAAAGAGAUCGUGUUCGCCCCCAGCUCUGAGCCUGCCUUCGUCAGCAUCCCUCAGAACAGGUUUGUGGAGCCGUUUGUCCUGAACAACGGAACCUGGACCAUCAUCAUCGAGGCCGAGGGCGUUCUGCUGGACUAUCUGGUGCUCCUGCCCAGUGCGUACUAUGAGGCCCCCAUCCUCCAGUUCAAAGUCACUGAACCCUGCACAUACAGUCCCACCCAGGAUGCCAGUCAGAACUGUCUGCAAUAUCAGCACCUGACGCUAGAGGAGUACCUGUUCAUCUCAGGUAAUGAUGCGAGCUGCAGGGCUGAUAAUCACCUGCCCCGGCCCUGCCAAAGCGAGAAGAUCACCCCAAGACACCCCACCAUGGCCAUCUGCAGCGGCAAUGACAUUAAUGUGCAGUUGAUCGGAAAGAUGCACGCUCCUGGAGACUAUGCCAUAGUGGUGGAGUAUGCCAGUGAGGAAGAGACAGCUCAGGUCUUCACUGUCUCCGUCAACACACCCGGGGAACGCACGCGGCAGGAACGCAUCACUCUGGCCCACUGCAAAUACAGUUUCCUUUGCCGAGCCGUAGUAGUGGACACCCAGGAUCGCGUGGCUGCCUUCUCACUGUCCACUGAGAUCGAUCUCCAGUUGAUUGCAGACAGAGCCAGCUUCUUCCUGUACAAAGUCAUCUUCAUCCCCAAGACAGAGUUCACCAUGGAAUACUUGGUGCCCAAGAUCCACUGCAUCAGCACACAUGGGCAGUUCUUACCUGACAGUGGUUCCUGUAUCCCAUCACGGUUCCAGACCCCGCCCAAGUCUCUGAUCUUGAAGGAUGGCCAGGGAUCUUCUGUCCAGGAACCCAUCCUGGCCUCUCCCCCUGACCCAGGCACGGCUGCUGAUUCCCCUCACUGGCCCGCCAGCAACAGGCCCGCCACUGCCGCUGAGAACGCCGACCUCACCCACCUGGACUCCACACAGAAUGCUGUCGUGUACUCCACCCGUGUGCAUGAUCUGGGUCGCUACGUGUUUAUCUUGCAUUACCAUCAGCCCGAACACCCCACCUUCGCCGCGCAGGUGUACGUCAACGGUGGUCGCAUCUGGCAAGGUCAUGCCAACGCCUCCUUCUGUCCCCAUGGAUACGGUUGCCGUAGUGUUUUGAUCGCGGAGAACCAGAUCAUCCUGGAUGUGACAGACCAUGACGUGAUCGUGACAGUGCGUGUGCCAGAGGGCAAAACACUUUGGCUGGACUAUGUGUUGGUGGUUCCAGAGAACAGCUACAGUUCCAGCUUCAUGCAUGAGGAGCCUCUAGACAAAUCCUAUGACUUUAUCAGCAACUGCGGACAGAACAGCUUCUACAUUGACGUGGACAAAGCCUCGCCGUUCUGCCGCAGCUCUGCCGUGUCCCUGUCAGCGCUCUUCAACGACGGCGCGUUGCCCUGCGGCUGCCACGAGGUCGGCGCCGAGAGCGACUCCUGCGACGCGUUCGGCGGCCAGUGCAGGUGCCGACCCAACGUCAUCGGCCGCGACUGCUCGCUGUGCGCCACCGGCUACUGGGGCUUCCCCAACUGCAGACCGUGUAACUGCGGGACGCGUCUGUGUGAGCCGGUGACCGGUGAGUGCAUCUGCCCCCCGCGGACGCUGAGGCCCGAGUGCACCCAGUGUGAGCCCGAGACCUUCGGCUGCCACCCGCUGGUGGGAUGUGAGCUGUGCAACUGCUCCCGCCCGGGCAUCACCUCCCAGGACAUCAAGUGUGACACCAACAGCGGCCAGUGCAGAUGCAAGAAUAACGUCAUUGGACGCCAGUGCGACCGCUGUGCCCCUGGUUUCUAUGGCUACCCCAACUGCAGACCAUGUGACUGCAAUGAGGCCGGCACAGAGAGUGACAUUUGCGACUCCCACACCGGACGCUGCCUCUGCAAGGAAAACGUGGAGUCCUCUCGCUGUGACCAGUGCAGGCUGGGCACCUUCCACCUGGACCCCACCAACCCCAAGGGCUGCACCAAGUGCUUCUGCUUCGGAGCCACGGACCGCUGCCGCAGCUCGGAGAAGCGCAGGAAAGAGAUCAUGGACAUGAUGGGUUGGGUGCUGCUGCGAGGCGACCGCCAGGAGAUCCCCGUCUCCGUCUACCCGGGACAGGACCUGGUGGAGGCCGACCUCAGCGACGUCCCCGACGUCUACCAGGACCUGCACUGGCACGCUCCUCGCACCUACCUGGGUGACAAGGUGUCGUCUUAUGGAGGCCACCUGCGUUACCGCCUUCACGCUCAGACCAUGACCAUGAGAGGGGACUCUCUGUCCCUGCCCUCCGAGGCCUCUCGCCCCGACGUCAUACUUAAGGGGAACCAGAUGACUCUGGUGUUCAUGGAGAGAGAGUACCCCACUGCUGAGGAACCCCAUGAGGGCAUAGUCCACCUGGUGGAGGGGAGCUUCCGUCACGCCCAGACAGGUAACGUGGUGUCGCGCGAGGAACUGAUGAUGGUGCUGGUGGGUCUGGAAUCGCUGCAGAUCCGCGCUCUGCACUCGCAGUCGGCCGAGGCCGUGUCGAUCCGCGCCGCCGUGUUGGAGGGUGCCGAGAGCCUGCCUGCCGGUCGCCAUGCCAACAAUGUGGAGAUCUGUAUGUGCCCUGCCAACUACCAGGGUGACUCGUGCCAGAAGUGUGCCCCAGGUUUCUAUAGAGACACCAAGGGCCUGUUCCUGGGCAAGUGUGUUCCUUGCCACUGCAAUGGCCACUCAGACCAGUGUCUGGACGGGACAGGAAUUUGUAUGAACUGCCAGCACAACACUGCAGGAGACCACUGUGAGAGGUGCCCCGGCGGUUUCCUUGGGAACAACACGGUGGAAGGCCAGGCCGUGUCCUGCACCAGCUGCCCCUGCCCCCUGCAGGUGGCCUCCAACAACUUUGCCAUUGGAUGUGUGGAGAAGACGAAUCACAUGCAGUGCCUGUGCAUGUCGGGGUAUGCUGGACCCAAGUGUGAAAGGUGUGCCCCUGGUUUCUACGGUAACCCCAUGGUGCUUGGCAGCACAUGCCAGCCCUGCAAGUGCCACGACAACACCGACCCCAACAUGCUGUUCAGCGACUGCCACCCUCUGACGGGCGAGUGCCAGGGCUGCAUGCACGACACGGCCGGCCCGCACUGUGAGACCUGUGCCCCGGGUUUCUAUGGAGACGCCGUCAACGCCAAGAACUGCACCAAAUGCAACUGCUCCCCGUGUGGCACCGCAUCAUGUGACUCACAUACAGGCCAGUGCCAGUGCAAGCCUGGUGUGACCGGAGCCCGAUGUAACCGCUGUGAGGACGGCACGUAUGGCUUUGACGCCUGCUCGGGGUGCCAGCGGUGCGACUGUGACGCCUCGGCCGCCCUCGUCCAGCCGUGUGACCCCAAGAGUGGCUCCUGCGCCUGCCGACCCGGCGUCAACGGACCCCACUGCCGCCAGUGCGCUCCUGGAUUCUGGGAUUACGGCCCCAACGGCUGCAAGAAGUGCGAGUGUAAGGCGGGCAGAUGUGAUCCGCGCACAGGAGAGUGCAGGUGUGCGGAUGGCCUCACAGGGAAACAGUGCGACACCUGCAUCAACAAGAACAGCGUGCUGGUACAGCGGGGCGAAGUCUCUUACUGUGAACCGUGUGACAGCUGUGUGGUAGUUCUGCUGAAGGACCUGGAUGUGAUGUCGAACAACUUCAACUCUGUGGCCAACCAGCUCACUAGCCUCAACGCCAGCUCCAUUGCCUGGGGACAACUACACAAUCUCAACGCAUCCAUGGAGGCUAUCGCUAAUGCCAUAGAGAACUACAACGCCAGCCUGGAUGAGAGCAGGAACCGAGCCGACAUGAUCGAAGGAGAGCUGCAGAAUAUAAACACGGAUAUAGAAGACCUGGAAAAAAAGGCUGCAGUGACGGGUCGUAAGGGAGAGGAUCUGGAGAGGAGCUCCAACUCCACCCACAGGCGGGCGGAGGAGCUGCUCAGCUUCAUCAAAGGCAUCAUGGGAGAUGUGGAUGACAUCAUCAAGCUGGUGAACCGCACGGCCAUGAACGAGACAGUGGAGGAGCCAGAGGACUUGCUGUCCGCCAAGAUGACCGAGGUGGAGACCAUGCUGAGGGACAUGCGCUUCCGCAGCCUGGACCAACAGCAGCGCCUGGCCGAGAACGAGAAGGAGGAGGCCGACAAACUGGUGGAGCGUGUGAAGGCGGAGAUGGUGAACCGCACAGCUGCUAAUGAGGACAAGGUCCAGGACAUCAAGGACCACCUGAAGAAGUUCCACGACCAGCUCAUGGACCUGAGAGAAGCAGUGAACGAGGCCAUCAAGAACACACGCAUUGCUGCCGAGGUCAACAAUAUGAACCAGAAGAUCCUGGAGGAGAGUCAGCAAAAGCUGUCAGAGCUGAAGCAGAAGGAGAAGGAGGUGAAGGAUCUGCAGGAGAUGGCUGAGGACGACGUGGCCCAGGUCAACGACCUGCUUUCCAUGCUACAGGACUCCAAAGAGGAGUACGAGAGACUGGCCGCCCAGCUGGACGGGGCGAGUAAGCCUCUGGCUCAGAAGGUGCAGAAGUUUGCCCCAUCAGCCUCCAAGAUACCCCUGGUGGAGAGAGCAGAGAAGCAUGCUGAGAUGCUGGAUGAGCUGGCCCGAAAUCUGUCAAGUGUGAUUGAUGGGACCAAUCAAGAUGGCUUCAUCCAGCGUGCCUUAAACGCAUCACGUGCCUACACAAACAUUAUCGACAGUGUCAAUGAAGCUGAUGCUGCCGCCAAACAAGCAAACAAAGCAGCUAUGGAUGCUCUGGCGAUGCUCCAGCCUCAGACGGAGUGCAGAGGAGAUGGCUGUAAUGCGAAUCUUAAGGAUUCAAACCUGAGGCAGGUGGCCGAAGACAUGAAGAACCACAGCCUUGAGUUUGUGGAGGAGGCCACUGCACUGCAAAAUAAGCUGGAAGAUGAGGUGAAGCCCAGGCUGGACAACAUUAAUGGCCGUCUGGAGGAUGCCAAGGACAAGAAGAAGAGGCUGCAGGAUGAUCUGGAUAAGAUACAAGAGAACCUAAACAUGACCAGAGAUAACACGUCGGACAUUAUAAAUGCAGCUAAGAGUGCGGCCGAACAGGCCAACAACACCGUGGCUGAGGUGGAGGACCAGCUGCGGCCAAUCAAGGAGCAGCUGGAGAAGUGGCAGGACCAGUACGGAGAUGCCAACAGCACCACCGACGACAUCAAUGAUGCCCUGAUGGAGGCCAACAAGUCUAUGAGCGCUCUGGGAGACACCAUCCCCCUGCUGAUGAAGAAGCUGGACCGCCUACAGAACCACUCGGCCCAGAUGCCCAACAUCUCCGAGAACAUCAUGCGCAUCCGCCAGCUCAUCGCCCAGGCCCGCAAGGCCGCCAGCAAGGUGAGCGUGUCCGUCAAGUUCAAUGGCACGUCUGGCGUACAGGUGCGCACCCCCAGCAACCUGGCCGAUAUGGCAGCCUACACCUCCCUCAAGUUCUACAUCGCCCUGCCCGAGGGCAGCCGCAAACGCCGACAGGACAGCAACCGGCAGUUUGUGUUGUACCUGGGCAACAAGAAUUCCAGCAAGGAGUUCUUAGCCAUGACCCUGGAGGGCAAGAAGUUGCGUUGGCUCUUCAACAUGGGGGGAGAUACUGCUGAGGUGAUCACUCAAGAGGACGUCCGAUCAGACGGCAAGUUCAACAGCAUCUUUCUGGAGAGAAUAUUGCAGUAUGGACACAUGUCCAUGAUAUUUGAUGACAAGGAGAGGAGAGUGGUGAAGCACAGUGUCGAGGCCAAAGGAGACAGUGGCCUGCUCAACCUGAGGACCGAAGACACCGUCUUUUACGUAGGAGGUUACCCUGACACCUUCAAGCCCCCUGCCCAGUUGGCGCUGCCCGGCUUUAAGGGCUGCAUCGAGCUGGAGAGCCUCAACGAGGAGGUCCUCAGUCUGUACAACUUUGAGGAGAGCUUCCAGCUCAACACCAAGGAGGUCAAACCCUGCGCGAGAGGGAAGCAGUUGGUGAUCACCCAGUGGGUGACUAACGCGGCCUACUUCGAUGGUAGUGGCUACGCCGAGAUCACCUUCAAGGGCGAAGGCGGCAUGCCACGCUUCAGCCUGGAGAUGCGGCUCCUCUCUUACAACGGCAUCCUGUUGCUGCUGCAGAACGAGGGGAAGUUCCUGUGUUUGGCCGUGCGCGACGGCAACCUGGAGCUCUACUCUGAUUUCCAGGGCAACCAAGCGGAGCCAUCACAGGCAGCACCUGCCACCCAACCCUAUAAAGUCAGCAAUGCUGAACCCGCAUCGAUCGAGGUGAUCAUUAUUCACAGAAUCAAACGCAUCAUUGUGAGAUGUCAGGGGACUAACGUGUACUACGUCCAAUUUGACACUGAACUCCCCAAGUUCACCGGGGUCUACUACCUGGGAGGAGUUCCUGAAAACCAGAUGCCAGAAAGCCUGAAGUCAUUGUUCCCGAAGCGAACUGGAUCACUGGGAGAACAGCGAAGUGGGUCCCUUGGCUCCAUCAAGGGCUGCUUCAAGAGCAUAAAGGCCAUGGGCUCUCACGUGGACCUGAAGAGGAUGAAGAGCACAGGCCUGAGCUAUGGCUGCCCCGAUGACCUGCUGGUGGCGCGCGAGGCUCACUUCACCGGCCAGAGUUACCUCGACAUUAAGAUGGACAAGGCCCCAGCCCUCAGAGACAGCUUCUAUGCUGGAAUGGGCUUCCGCACUGGUCAGAAGGAGGGCCUCAUGUUCCACCACCAGGCUUCGGAUGGAGUGUGCCAGAUGUUCCUGGACAAGGGCCAUGUGGUGGUCAGAGCAGGAAACAAUCAGGUUAAGAGCCAGAAGACCUACAAUGAUGACAACAGCCACUAUGUGGCUUUAUACAGCAACAGCAAUGGGAUCCGUGUGUACCUGGACGAUGUUCUUCUGGAUAGUGAGGCUGUGCCAGGCAAAAGCAAUCGCAUGGCACAGGAGAAUGUGGGCACACUCUACCUGGGUGGCACACAGAUAAAAGAUGGCGUCGCCAACUUCAGCGGCUGUUUGAGCAACAUCUAUGUCAAGAGGGAGACUCCAACGCAGAUGGUGCUGAACCUGAUCAAGGUCACAAAGAACGUCAAUGUGACCAUGGACUGUCCAGAAGCCUCUCAACCCCAACAGAUCCUGGCCUCUCCACCUCGCCACAAGAACCAUAAGGGGAAACACAAGAAGCCAGCGAGUGGGUCUGAUGGUCAGCCUGCUCGUGCGUCGUGCCAGGCAGAGCUGUUCGCCCAGGAGCCCAACGCCCUGCACUUCAGCGGUUCCUUGAACAGCCGCCUGGGCUACUAUUCCCUCCCCCCAGCCCUGGGCAGGCAAUCUCAUAUAUCAAUGGGUGUGCGCAUCAACUCCUCCAAUGGCACGAUCAUCUAUGCUGGAUCAGAGAAGGGGGAUGCUCUAGCGGUCAGCGGCGGCCGGCUGCAACUCCACGUUUUCGGCAAGAGGAAGGCCACCAUCACCAGCAACAACAAGUACAAUGACGGACAGUGGCAUGAGGUCAUAAUUAAAAAAGAGGGAGACCAAGUGCGUCUGAUAGUAGAUGGCAUUGACACCAACAGCAAGAAAGUGUCAGGAGUGAGCGCCUUCAAAGCUCCUCUUUUCAUCGGAGGUCUCCCUUCGGAGCUCAGUCCUCCAUCCUCGUACCCGGGGCCUGAAGGCUUUGUGGGCUGUGUUAGGGAGCUGAAGGUGAGCGAGCAGGUCCUGGAGAGGCCCGAUGAGAGCGUGGGGCUGGUGCCCUGCUACCAGGAGCCCUUGCAGCCAGGAGUCUACUUCUCCGCCAAGGGAGGCAGCUUGCUCAUAGAUAAGUCCCUGGUGUUGGGCCGUGACCUGGAGAUCCAGUUGGAGGUUCGGCCUGUGUCGAAUUCAGGGCUCCUGCUCCAUGCAGGGGGGUACAAAAGCCAGCAGCUCAGCUUGUACUUGCACCAGGGAGAGGUGUCAGUGGUGAUGAACAGUGGUAAUGGCGAGUUCUCUGUGUCUCUAUCACCUGAAGAGUCACUAUGUGAUGGCAGGUGGCACAGUAUUAAAAUUGUGAAGAAGAGUAAUGUGAUUCAGCUUCAUGUGGACACAGCCAGUCAGCAUGGUGUAGGCCCCAAACAGAAGCGUACAAAUGGGGGCCAAAAUGACGUCUACCUGGGCAGUGCUCCUGAUGUAGCCAAAAUCCCUGGCCUUCCUCCGACUCUCCCCUCCUUCCAUGGCUGUGUGAGAAGAGCCCUAUUGAACCACAAACCUGCCGUGCUGUCUAAACCCCUGGCUGUCUCCGGAGCAGUAGCUACCCAGGGCUGCCCAGUCAUGUAGACCGACCCAGCCCCAGCCCCUGCUGUACACCUCCAUCUGGCACAACUAGUAUCCAACUCCUCAAUCACGGGUGGUGGGCUUAUGAGAUUAGUUAAUUUAAACAGAUAUUUAUAUAUUUUUUUGUUUUAUACAAAUGUAUAUAUUUUUUGCUCGCCACUGUUUUAUUUUAUAAACUGGCACUUUAAGUGCUUAGUAUACGAGAUCUGUUUUAAAUGUGCUAGUACUGUAAGCCUGAAGGGAGGAUCACUUCCUGACACUCAACUGACACAAAGAGGUUUGAAUCUGGCACUUCAAUUAUCAUGUUUUAUGUAUUUUAGAUAACUGCACAAUUUGUAUUUGUUAUUUGAAAAAUGGGCCACACUUAAUUCAUAUAUCUAUUCACCUUAUUCAUGUGGCAGCCAUUGUGUAAACCAAAGCGAGGCUACAGGGUACACUGCCUACAUCAUUAAUGUAUUUUCGCCACCUACUGGUGAAUGCAUAGAACACAACAAUCCUAUGGGUUGUGUACCCUGGCCUGUAGCCUCGUUUUGGUUUUCAAUUGCCACCACCUGAAUAAGGUGAAUUGCCUUAGUGUUUUUAAAUUCAACUCCCACCAUCCAUGCAAGUUAUCUCUUAAUCAUGAAGGCCUGGAUUCAUGUUGGGUUUCAAUAAUCAACCGCUUAUGUGAGAAUAUUCAAUGCACCAUGUACACCACGUGUACACAAAGCAUGCAGACAGUGGUAUGGCCGAUUCGGGCUAUGAAAACUAUCACAAAAUAUUUUGUAACACUGAAAAUUCCAAACCAACACAAAGAAGUAACAUAACAUUCCUGACUACAUGAAGACCUUUUUGAAAAUAUCAUUUUGUUUGGAAAUACCUGUGAAUGAGAAUAUCAAAGGUAGUUGUAGAACAUGUUCCCUGGCCUAAUUGUAUUCCAUAUCUAAUUUCACUCUUUUUUUUAUCGACCCCUAAAAUGAUAUAGUUGUAUUUUUAAUGGUUUUUAAUAAUAAACAGUUCUUUC